AUGGCUAACUAUACAGAAAAAUUUGCAGCGUGGUCAGUUAUUUGCUUAACUGAUCAUACAUUUUUGGACGAAAAUGGUACUGAAGAUGAUAUAAGGGAAUUAUGUAAAGAGUCAGUUAGGACAUGCCCAUUCGCAGCAGCAGUUUGUGUAUAUCCUAAAUUUGUAAAAUUUAUUAAUGAAAAAAUAAAACAAGAAAUAAAUCCAUUCAAGCCUAAAAUCGCAUGUGUAAUAAAUUUUCCACAUGGAACGGAUGAUAUGGAAAAAAUUCUUAACGACACAAAAAAAGCUGUAGAAGAUGGAGCUGAUGAAAUUGAUUUAGUCAUAAAUUAUAAAAAAAUUAUAGAAAAUGUUGAUGAAGGAUUAAAAGAAGCUACUAAACUAACACAAAGUGUUAAAAAUUUAUUAAAAAAUAAAGUAUUAAAAGUUAUUAUUGAAGUUGGUGAACUUAAAACAGAAGAUUUAAUUGUAAAAACAACUUUAGCUGUCCUUGAUGGGAAUGCAGAUUUUGUAAAAACAUCAACAGGAAAAGUUCAAAUUCAUGCAACACCUUCUUCAGUUGAAUAUAUUAUAAAAGCAAUAAAAGAACAUAUACAAAAUAAUCCUGAAAAAAUGAAUAAAAUUGGAUUAAAAGUAUCUGGUGGUAUAUCCGAUUUAAAUACAGCUAGCCAUUAUAUUUUAUUAGCAAGAAGAUUUUUAAGUGCUCUUGCAUGUCAUCCAGACAAUUUUAGGAUUGGGUCAUCAUCAUUAGUAAUCAAAUUAAGAAAAGUUAUUGCCCAAUGUCCAACAUAA